CCGACAUCACUAUUAUACCUGUCCCUUUCUUGCACUUCCGUCAAUCAUCUGUUUAGUCUAUGGUUUUUCACAAGUGUCGCGCUGUGUAGAAAGUGGACUAUUUGUAAAUAUUGUAUAAUUGUAAAUAAUCCGUGUUUCAUGUUUUCAAAUUAUUAAUUUACAUAUUUAAUUGUUCGUGUAAGUGCUUAAUGGAUGUGAAGGUGAUAUAAAGCUGAUAAACAACGGUGAAAUCGCAAUGGUGAUGGAAGCCGAUCCAAUUGCUGAAAAACACACGGACGAACGCGUCCUACCGCCGCUGAAACCACGCGCGGGCGGCGACGUCAACGUCAUCCCGGAGCGUUCAGUCAGCUCGCUGGACCUCAUGUCAUACUCCACGCCUUCCAACCUAGUCCUCACACCUGCUCCGGAAUGCCGAAAGCUGUCCCGCGGCAUAUCCCGAGCGACAGACAAUGAGGGUCUGGUGUGGGCGCUACGCAGUAACACAGAGCCUGACCUGCAGACCCUGAGCUCCGAACACAUAUUGCUGCUGCCAGAUAUAUCUAUAUAUCCACCGGAGUUCAGAACAUUCAUCGAAAAGGAUCUCCUCGAGACAGCCACAUUACAUACAUUAGAGUCUUCCUGUAUCCUCAACUGGUGGCGGCAAGGGCGCGUACCCGGCGCCCCUAGACUUCUACCAUUAGCUACUUCCGGAGAUGGGAACUGUUUGCCUCAUGCGGCGUCAUUAGCUGCUUAUGGAUUCCAUGACAGACUGCUUGCGUUGAGAACGAAGGUCCAAGCGUUGCUGUGCGGAGAAGGCGGAGAUGCUCUCACAAAUGCCAUAAAACGGCGCUGGCGCUGGUCGGAAAGCCUCUCCCUCCGCAGCGCGGGCCUCACCCCCUCCGAGGCGGAGUGGGAGCGCGAGUGGCAGGACGCCGUGCGCGCCGCCUCCGCGCAACCACGCCCCAAGCCCGCUCCCAGUGCGGCCCCACAUUAUGAUGGCUUGGAACAACUUCAUGUGUUUGCUUUGGCACAUGUUAUGAGAAGACCUGUUAUAGUUUUUGCUGAUGUCGCUUUAAGGGAUUUCCGUGGCGACCCAGUAGCCCCCAUCCCAUUCGGUGGCAUCUACCUCCCGCUCGAGCUAGAACCGGCCGUCUGCAGCAAAGCACCCAUAUUGCUGGCUUACGACGCCGGCCAUUUUUCGGCGUUGGUUCCUUGCGAGCCAUUACCCACUGACGGGGCCAGAGUGCCACUUGAAGACAGCACGGGGACCGCGAUGCCUAUCAGGUUCAAUGUCGAUCCCGGCGAAGAUUUCCGCUGGGACACCGAACCGGACCAGAAAACCAUAAACAACCUCCUCCCCGACGAAUACCAGCGUUCAGCCAUGAUGGCUGCCUACCUCGACCUAGAGCGCGUCGAAUGCCUCUCCCAAAACCCUCCGCCAGAAGAACUUAGAAGAUCUUUAGACGCACUAUCAACCAAGAGCUCAAAACAGUUGAAUUCCGUGGCUAAACAAUUUGGGAGUAUAGGACGGUCUAUGAGUAGUAAAUUGAAGAAGAAUUUCGGUUCGAUGGCGAAAUUAACGGGGAAAAGUCAGAGUAAUCCAGAGGAGGGGUUGAUGAGGAGACAGAGUACGUGUGAGGUGUUGUGCUGUAGGGUGCUGGCGGCCAGGGCACCUGUUCAAGAGGAAAUGGUGAAGAAUUACCUUAAUGAGACGUGGAUUAGCUUCACGGCGGAGAAGAACCGUCGCGCCCAACCCCAGUCGCCCCCGCCCUCGUCGGCGCCGCGCUACGGCACGGGGCGCUCGCAGUUCUACGCCGACGCGGGCGCGCCGAGCCACGAGCGCGCCGGCGCGCUGUCCCACAAGUCCUCCAAGCCCGCGCCCGACCGGACGCUCUACCUCUCCAAGUCCACCUUCUACGACGACCGCCCGCCCGAGCCGAAGCCCUGCAAGGCCCAGCUGUGUAUGUAUUACGGGAGUCCCGAGAAUAAUGAUUACUGUUCGAGGUGCUCGAGACUUCAGUACGAUUAAGCGCUUCCGGGUGGUGUUGCGGAUUUUUGUAAGAUCUCGAGAGUCAUGUUUGCUAAUUAAAAAAAAUCUAAAGUGUCAAAUCCUCUUUUGUGUUGUAAUAGAACAGAAAAAAUCGUUCGGGAGUGCAAAAAAAUUACAAUAAUUUCGACCAAAACUCCUAUAACAGACAAAAAAAUAAAAACGUUCUCCCGACCAUUUUGGAAUUCUCAAAAGAGGUUAUAGAUGUAGAUACGGUUUAAGUUUCGGGUAAAAGUUUGGAACUCGGGUAACCCUUUCUGUUAAUUUUUUUUUCUUUAAUACUUACCUAAAAAUUGUCUCAACAGUUUUAACACUAUAACUGUAAACAUAGAGAACUAUAUAUAAAGAAAUCCAACCCUUCCCAUAGUUCAAUAUAUAAUGUAUGAAUAAAAAACAUACCCCCUCUUGUACAAAAAAUGUUUACAAGACACCAAUAAUUCUAAUAAUAAUAAUUUAAAUCCGCAACAUUGCUUUCAAAUAUCAGAGUUUUCUAGUUCCGUUAGAUUAUAAUAAUUUAAGAUAAGAAAGAAUAGUAAAGUCAUAUAGGGAGUUCUUAAAAUAUGUUCUCUUUCUAAUAAACUAUGUCAAAGUGACAGAUAAGAACAAACAUUUUAUUCCUUAUUAAACGUUUAUAGAACGUAUAGAAUUUCCAAUAGUACUCCAGAAUAGCGAAAUCUUACGAAUAUUUUUUGUUUUUUUGCUUAUGAAUGUUGUUUAAAGUGUUAUAUUGACAGCUUAUUAUGCAAUGAACUAACUUUAGUCAAUUCGCAAAGUCUAUAUUUGUAGUGGUAUCGCUUUACUAAAAGCAACUACCAAAUAACUUCAUGCUCUUCGAGAAUACUUUUGAUAUCAUAACGAUCAUAAAGCGAGGAUAGAAGCCAUUUUUAUUAAAUAAAAAAAAGAACUACCUUUGCUUCCAUUUUUUUAAAUGAAAAUCUGUUAUUGUUCAUUUAAAAAUAGGAAUAUAAAAUAUCUUAUAGAGAAAGGAAUCAACCUUGUUUUGAAAAUACAUAUACAAUUCAAUAUGUUUAUUUCAUGAUAAUGUAAUUUAAGAAUUCCCAAUAUAUGGAUAAAGCAGUUAUAUUUUUAUGAGGCAAACUAUUUUCCUACAUUAAUAAAAAUGUAGUUAUAAGCUCGUUAUAAGAUUCUAAUAGGAUAAGUUUUCAAAAUUUCAAAUUAUCGUGAUAAGAUUAACUCAUUUGUUUAUACUUAUUUAAUUAAAUCAUGUGUUUUCCCAUCCACAUUAACCUUUUAACCGUUAUAUAGAGAGAGAAAGAAGUGGGUUUUCUAGUUAUAUUUAAUUGAAAAAAAAAAAAACAAUAUAUGAGUCGCUUAACUUCAAACUCGGGUAAAUCCAUCUGUCAGAUUAUGCUAUUUUGGUAUUAAGAAAAGGUAAUAGGGUAGAUAUUUGCUGAGAGGGUCGAAUGGAUUUACCUGAGUUUGAAAUUAAGCUACACAUAUGGCGGUUACAAAGUUAGCGUAGUAACAAAAGUCGCCAUGUGAUUUUAAUUCCUUAUUACUUAUGUCCUUAUGUUAUAAAAAAACAAAAAAGUUAUUGAUUGUACAGGAGGUGUUCAUCAGAUCAGGGUAUUUUUUUUUAAUUUGUACCUACUUUUUCUAAUUUAAGCAUUUUAUGUUAUUUAUACUCAGAAUCACAAUCUGUUUCGGUACUAAUAAGAAAAAAAAACACUAUUUUUUUUCUAUUAGGAUCGAAAUUCGAAAGAGCUUGUGAUUCUGAGUACAAUGAACAUAUAAAAAAAUCCCAAAUUUGAAAAAAGUGUGGUGUACAACUUUAAUUACAAUGAGUCAUUGUGCAGUUUUUUCUUAGAUGUCCUCCUCCACUAUACUAUUUGAUAAAAUAAAACUUUAAGCGACUGGUUAUGGAACAAGUGCCAAAAGUGGCUUACAAUAUUUAACUGGCAAUUUCAGUGUUACGUGGACCAUACUGAAAGUUUCUGGAUUUUGAUAAUUAUAUGAGACGAAUAAUUUUUUCUACGUGGCCAGUUCCAGGAAUUUUCAGUAUGCCCUAAGUAAGAGAACAGAGUCGGCUUUUACCGAUUCCGCGCCGACAUAUCUGGGGAGACCCUUACCCGCCAUCAAAUUUGCCAAAAAAAGUGGGUUAUGAUGAUUUAAAAAUUCGUUCUGCAAAUCACAAUGGAUACAAUGAGCGAGAAAAAAUGUUAACAUUUCACAUGUUAUUUUUGAAAACCGUAUUGUUUCGAAAUAAGCGGGCAUCGCUGGCUGGUUUGACGGUACUGAGAAGCUUAGAGCAUUUAGUAACUGGAGACGCCUUAGCUGUCAAAACAGUCUGCCGAUUUUUGCGGGGGAGGGGCGAGUCAAAUGUAUGGCUAUUUGUACAUGAUAUGUACGUAACGUAUAAAUAGCCAUGUCAGAUAAACGUCAGUCCAUACAAAAGUUUGCACAAUUGUGCAAGGUUUUCGGCAGAGGGGUAAGCUCGUAAAGGCGACUCCGGUUAUUAAAUGCUCAUAGCUGAGAAGUCAUUAAAUACGAACCAUGGAACCUUAUCACAGCAAAUUGUUUAUGUCUAUUGAUAUUAAAGUAUUGUAGUUUUAUAGUUAUAUUAUUGUGAAAGAGUUAUUAUAAUUAUCAUGUUGAGGUGUUUUGUUCACCAUUCUACCUCAAGCGCAGCAAAUAAUAUUAUAAACAUAACGGUUAUUGUUAUUCCGAAUAUAUUUUAUCGAGUCUUGUUAUUGAAUAACCUCAGAAGAAAUAUAUAUACAAUUUUGAACUUUGUUACCUAGAAAUAAAGUACCAAAUUGUGUACAUAUUUAUGUGGGUCAUUAUACUGUGAAUUAGGGUCGCCAUAUGGAAAAAAUGGACGUCAAUCUACAAAUCCUGAUCAAUUCCUCAAUAAAUCCUGACAUAUCCCGGAAAAUCCUGACGUAUGGUAUGGCAACCCUAACUGUGAUGCCCGCUACACACUACGCUAUGGUAUUUGUACAAAUAUGGCUGCGUUAUUUUUCUUUACGAUAUUAAGGGAAGAGAUUCAACAAGAAUAUUUCGACGAAUAUUGCGAUGUAUUUUAGCAUGUUGAAAAGUAUAUAAUUUCAUUUCAGUCCAUUAAAAAAUCCUGCAUUAAAGUUGGUACUUAUUUCAAAUGUAUUAUCUUGAAAUUUUUCAAAUAUCAGGGUAAACUUGGGCCCAUUUGUCGAACGGUAUUAAGACUAAUAUUAUUAGUUCACGAACUAUCAAAUCGUAUGGGUUACCAUGACAACACACUAAUAAUAUUAGACUAAUAUCGUUCGAGAAAUGGGCCCCUGAUGUUGUCACGUAUUAGAGUUUAAUUCGAUAUUAGAAUCAACGAGCUUCGAUAUACCCGUCCUUGUUUGCCUGGUUCGAAAAUGUGAAACAUAAUAUUGAUCUUCUAGUCUUAUACUUAGAAUAGAUAAUAUAUGCGAGUGAUCUAGAAUAAGUACUUUUAAGUAUUAUACAGGUAAACCAUUUUUAAAAUGCACGCCCCCGAGUGAGUAAUCUUAUGUACCGUACGCGAACGCAACUCACACAAAUACAGCGACGCUUUUGCUGUUUGUGUGUUACUUCAGCGAAAGUGAAAUUCUAUUCAUUUAUUUACUUGUCCCAUAAAAAAAUGAAAUUUGUAGUGAAGGAAAUAUGGUUGAACUUUUGUUUUGAAAUCGAACGUAACAAAAAAAAUGCAACUAUUCCAAUUGAAAAUGGUUUAAAUUACAUUGAAGUGAUUAUUACUACUGUGAACCUUAUUACAAUAUUUACAAUGCACCUAUGAGCGUAGGUGCUCUAGAGGGGCGUGCAUUUUUAAAAUGGUUAACCUCAACAGGUGUGUUCCCUGUAAUAUUUUCGAAUUUUAUUGUUUGUGUCAUUUCGUUUUUAUUGUUUACGUCAUCUCCAGUUUUGUUAUCCUUAUUGUUAGUAUGUGAGUAACAAAUAUCUUAAAUAUAGCCUUAAAGAUCUAUUUACAGCCUGGCAAAAAAGAAUAGAAUUAAAAAGUGGCAACACUAGUGUCGUCCCGUUCUCUUAUAUAAAUUGAUUUGAAAGGGACGACACUACAGUGUUGCCACUUUUUAAUUUCUACUCUUUUUUGCCAGACUGUACGACUUAUGGUGAGAACAUGACAAUGCCUUUAACUAAAAGCUUGUUAGUUAGGGGUUCAUUCAGAUGUAUACUAAUCUAUCUAAUAAAUAAAAUUUAAAACGUAUAUUUAAAAAAUAUAUUUUUUCAUGUAACAAUAGAGGCAGCAUAUCAUGUUUUGUAGAAAUACAAUAAUUUUAUGACUACAAA